AUGUUACGUGUAGGGCUGUUGGUGGCCAUAGCCACUUGCGUCGCUCUGGCGGCUGCCAGGAGCUCCGGUUCUUCCGACGAUAUUCAGGAGUUGUUGGAAAAUGUCGACUUACGCUACUCUACUGAUGUAUUUGAAGAUGCAAACUUAGAUGUGCCAGAAUUGAUCACAAAAUACCGUUACCCAGUUGAGACACACACGGUGACAACAGAAGAUGGCUACAUCUUGCGAAUGCACCGCAUCCCUCACGGACGUGAUGCGAACAAUGUACCGAAUCAGAAAAAGCCGGUCGUGUUCAUCAUGCACGGUCUACUUUCUUCAUCUGCUGACUUUGUUAUAAUGGGCCCCGGCUCUGGUUUGGGAUAUAUUCUCGCUGAAGAAGGAUACGAUGUAUGGAUGGGCAACGCUCGCGGUAACUACUACUCUCGUAAUCACGUCAGACUAAACCCUGACGCUUUGCUGAGUACAGCAUUCUGGCAAUUCUCUUGGGAUGAAAUAGGCAACAUUGACUUGCCCACUAUGAUUGACUACGCCCUUGAGGUUUCGGGACAAGAGAGGCUGCACUACAUCGGUCACUCACAGGGUACUACGUCUUUCUUCGUUUUAGGAUCCUUGCGACCUGAAUACAAUGCUAAAAUUAUUUCUAUGCACGCCAUGGCUCCAGUAGCUUACAUGGCCAACAAUAGAAACCUAUUUUUGAGGGCUUUGGCAUCUUAUGGUGACGAUAUUGAAAGCAUUGCUCGUCUGAUUGGCAUCGGUGAGUUCAUGCCCAACAGUGUUAUCUUCACGUGGGCCGGCCAAUCUAUGUGUCGCGAUGAAGUAGUAUUCCAACCAAUCUGCAGUAACAUCAUGUUCUUGAUUGGUGGGUGGAACGAAGACCAACACAAUUCGACGAUGAUGCCUGCUAUCUUUGGCCACACACCGGCUGGUGCAUCAGUAAGACAGUUCCACCACUAUGGACAGGGUAUCACAGACAGAGGUUUCCGUCGCUACGACCACGGCUCCCGAAUCUCCAACUACAGAGCAUACGGUUCCUUCAGGCCUCCAAACUAUGAUUUAUCUAAAGUAACGACUCCUGUGUUCCUCCACUACUCCGACAGCGACCCGUUGGCCCAUGUCAAUGAUGUUGACAGACUGUUCAGAGAGCUUGGUAGACCGAUAGGAAAGUUCCGUAUUCCUCAACGCACAUUUAGCCAUAUUGAUUUUAUAUAUGGUAUUAAUGCAAGAGAGCUACUAUAUGAUAGGAUCAUUAAUCUAAUCAAAGCUAUGGAUGCCAAUGCCUUCGACGAAGUUAAUAAAAUCAUCGAAUACACCGAACAAUAG